GGUGAAGCCAUUGACCUCCCUUGACAAGCGUCAAAAAAACGAAACUACUGCAUGACACAGCUACUUCUGUAAUACGAACUUGCUUCACUUGUGUCCAAGCACGAACAGACUUACAGCUCUUUUAGGAUAUUUCGAAGAGGAAAAAUCGAAUUAAAAAGUGCAAAGGAUACGCGAAAACGGUGGGCACUUUGAAACACUUCACAUCGUGUUAUUGUUGAAACUAAGUACACUCACGUCGGCGUACGAACAACGGUGCAGCGUGUUUACGCCUACUGUGCAGUAACCCAGCCCGCUGUUCGGUGCAGCGUAAUCUUACGUUUUUAAGAUGCAGUUCUGUGAUAACGGCACUGCCUGGAUACAUGUAUGGAUAAACAAUGGAAUCAACAGGUGCUUCUAUGAUUCUUUUACGUCUGGCCUGCUCUGUGUGUUUAUUUUCUUAUGUGGAAUACUUCAGUGUUUUAUAUAUGGCAGAUACAGUAUUACAGUGGACAAAAAGCGCAUCCCUACGUCCAGAGCUAUAUACGCCCAAGUGGUCAUCACUCUUUCCCUGGUAACAGAGGCAAUAACACAUAUGAUACUACAAAAUGUUGAGCUGUAUGACAAAGUUUUAUGCGGUUACCAUGUGUCUACAGCAUGCUCAUUCAUCCUCGCAUACCUGAUCACCCUACGUCUGCUUUUCCUGGAGCGAAACUACGCGUUACCUUCCAUCCCAACACGGGGACAUGGCUUACUAUUAAUUUUGUUCUGGACACUGGCAUUGAUUAGGGAAAUUCUGGCCUUCGUUUCAUGGUGGAGCUCGGAAUGGUGGUGGCAUCUCAAAUCGACAUCAGACUACAUUGAAAUGGGUCUCUGGGUGUUUCGCUUACCCUGACACUCGCCCUGUUGGUGUUGGGAGCUCUUGGGUUGGGUCUGCCCAGUUCACGUUACUCCAGUGAAUUACUUCUAAAUGAUGAAGAAAAUCUAAGCAGGCCUUCCAAUCAGAACACUUCAACAUGGUCAAAUGUGUGGUCCAAGGUGAAACUUAUGAUGCCUUACGUCUGGCCUAAAGGAAACUUCACCCUGCAAUUCACUGUUUUCUUUUGCCUUGUUUUGCUUGCUCUUGGUCGAGCACUCAACGUUCUUGUUCCAAUCUACAGCAAAGAAAUAGUGGACAGUUUGACAUACACACCUCAAGCCAGUGCUCAAGUGGAGCCUCUUCAGUUCCGCUAUGACCUUAUCCUCAUUUAUGUGGCAUUGAAUUUUUUGGAAGGGAGGGGAUCAGGUCAGACUGGUUUUCUCAACAACUUGCGAUCCCUUCUGUGGAUUAAGGUGCAGCAAUACACUACUCGGCGUGUUCAAGUCAAACUGUUCAGUCAUCUCCACAGUCUUUCUUUGCGAUGGCACCUUCAACGCAAGACAGGGGAAGUGUUGAGAGUAGUGGAUCGGGGAACUGACAGCAUCAACAAUCUCCUUAACUAUAUUGUUUUCCAAAUCUUCCCAACCAUUGCCGACAUUGUCAUUGCCAUUAUCUACUUUGUGACGGUGUUCAACUAUCUUUUUGGCCUCAUUGUCUUUGUUUGCAUGUUUCUGUAUCUUGCCUCUACCAUUGUAAUCACUGAGUGGCGUACAAAAUAUCGCAGGGAAAUGAACUUGCUAGACAACAAAACCAAUGCAAUGGCAGUCGACUCACUGUUGAAUUUUGAAACAGUGAAGUACUAUGGGGCCUCUGAUUUUGAAACCCAACGCUAUGAUGAAGCUAUCACAAAUUUUCAGGUCGCAGAAUGGAAGUCAAAUGCCAGCCUGAAUCUUUUGAACUCAGCUCAGAACAUUGUUACAACUGUGGGCUAUAUGGCUGGGGCCUUACUGUGUGCUUGGGCUGUUGUCAGCGGAGUGGCAGGGCUACACUUGACAGUAGGGGAUUAUGUUCUGUUUGGCACCUACCUGGCUCAGCUCUUUGUACCUCUCAACUGGCUAGGAACCUACUACAGAAUGAUCCAGCAAGCCUUCAUUGAUAUGGAAAACAUGUUUGAUCUUUUAGCAGAGGAUGCUGAGGUAAAAGAUGUGCCAGGCUGCAAAGACCUUAUCAUCUACAAAGGCAAAAUAGAAUUUCAGAAUGUUUGCUUUCGGUAUGAUCCUAGCAAGCCAAUCAUAAAAAAUGUCUCCUUCACAGUGAACCCUGGGGAAACGCUGGCACUAGUAGGGCACACUGGCAGUGGAAAGAGUACCAUUGUACGGCUGCUGUUUCGUUUUUAUGACAUUGAGAGUGGCAGUAUAAAAAUUGAUGGACAGGACAUAGCAAUGGUAAGUCAGAAGUCACUGCGACAGACCAUUGGAGUAGUGCCUCAAGACACAGUGUUAUUUAACACUGAUAUAAGAUACAACAUUCGAUAUGGUCGUGUGGCAGCCAGCGAUCAGGAAGUUGAGGCAGCUGCAGCUGCUGCCGAGAUUCACAAUCGCAUUUUAACGUUCCCCAAACAGUAUGACACGUUGGUGGGUGAAAGGGGUCUGAAGCUGAGUGGCGGAGAAAAACAGCGUGUAGCCAUUGCUCGCACCUUGCUUAAAGCCCCUGCCAUUGUUCUGCUGGAUGAGGCAACAUCUGCACUGGAUACAAAAACAGAACGCAACAUUCAAACUUCACUAGAGAAUGUGUGCAAAAAUCGAACCACAAUUGUGGUAGCCCAUCGUCUGUCCACUAUCAUUCAUGCGAAUCAGAUUCUGGUUUUUAAUGAGGGCGAGGUCAUUGAAAGAGGAACACAUGAAGAGCUAAUAGCCAAGGGAGGUCACUAUGCAGAAAUGUGGCAGCAGCAACUGCAGGCAAAACAGAGUGAAGUAGAGGAAGGUGCAAAUGGAAGUGCAGAGAUUGGCAAGCUGGAUUGAAGAAGACAGGGUUUACAGCUUUUCCAAAAAAUUCUUAUUUAUUGUGCAUGUGUGUCUUAGGACUAAAACAUUGAGUUCCCCUUGAAAUUGAUGGGGAGGGGUAACAAUUAUUAGCACAUUCUGACUGUUCCUAGCAGGCAGUUCUGCAACAAAUUCUUUUUUGAACAUGAUGCUAGAUGAGUUUAAGAACCUAAAACUUACAAUAGACGUGUUGUGAUGCAGAGACCUAGAGACAGUCUUAUUGAAGACUGUGGCCUUCUUAAAUGAUUGUUAUCAAAGUAGUUUUAGAAUGGUUUGAUUUUAGACUCAGCAGGUUUUUAACGUUGGUUGUGAAAGAUCAGUGUUAACACAAUCAGAAUAUUUAUAAAUCAUGCAGCCUUCCUACCUAGAGAGCCUGGAGAAGACCACCAAUAGUCAGCCAUGUAAAACAGGUGUGACAUCCAGAGAAAGCUUUGUCUGAACCAGGAUACAAACCCAUGACACCUGAUUCUCACUGUCAUGUUACAGGCGCUAUGUCACCAACAAAAGUUGCAAUCCAAAGUUCAUGUAGAAACACAUUUAAAUCUCCAAUAAACACAACAGUAAUACACACAAAAGAAUUAUAAGAGGAUUUCUUAAACUAUAAAAUGUUUUAUUCUGCAUCCAUGUAUUAUUUUUUUUAUCUUGUUGAAAGAUAGAUCUGAAAUCUGUGUUCAUGACAUUUUUAAAAAAGUUUACAAAACAUAAAAUGUGAGACUAUUCUGUUCUCAGUAUACCCAAAAUUAUAGAUCAUUCAAAGAGAAACAUGGAAUUCAGAUGAUACAUAACUUUUUAUUGUCAAGAUUAGUGUUAAAAUGGGAAAGUACAGUAUAGGGCCAUUAAGCCGCGAUUAUUGGGGUCUAAACUGCUUAACCGUGGCUUAAAUGUUUUUGGAUAAUGCUGUCUGGAUCUCUUGCAUCUUAAACCAUCUUUAUCAAGCUCAUCAAGAAAUGUUCUUGAUUUGUUUUCAUCUUUGAUACGUCCAUGUAGUGUUGACUCAAGUACCCCUAACUCUCUGCUUACUUUAAUGCAAGUUUCGCUGAUUUAUAUUCUUUUGAUGACAUUCAGCUUUUGCUGAAAUCAUAUGAAGCAUGGUUAUGUUUAUUACUCAUGGCAAGUGUGGAUAAAAUGGAUUAAUAGUGCAUAGUAUGUCAAUCACGGACAUUUGAAAUGCCAAAAUGACAGCUGUCAACACCUGUCUCGAGUGUUUGAGAGGCCAAGUAUGUAUGAUCAAUAGUGUAAAAAAAUUAGGAUCCAAGCAUUUUGCUUAAGCGAAUUUGCGGAUUACUGGACCGUGGCUUAAUGGCCCUACACUGUAAUAUCCUUUUUUUGCACAGUG